AUGCUUAACCGUGCGUUUAAACUCUCGUCUACGUGGAAGUUUUUUCACGAGGAAUGUGAACGCCUUAAGAGCCAUUUUCUGAGAAAAUCGAGAAUCGCAAGACACUCGUCAAAAAAUCGAAUUUUUUAUUAUUUUGCCAAAACAUCCCUUUUAGUGACCUAAUUUAAGGAAAAAUAGUUUUGGCUUCAAACGAUUUAUUUUAAAGGAGAAAUUAAAAAAAGUUUGAAAAAUCGAUUUUAUUCCUGUUUUUCGAACAAAACACGGCAGGAUGCAAUGGCAACUUCGAGAGAAGGGUGAACGCGUAAGAAACAUUCCCUGACACUGAAACUUCACCGAAUUAUUAUUUUGUUCUUACUCUUGAAAACCUUAAAAGAAAAUUUGAAAAACAAUGUCUUAUAUUUUUAUAAUCGACAAGUGUAAAGAGGUCAUAUUUGUGACGUUAGACAUGCUAGAAAACGAAGGCCAACUUUGACUAUUAAAAAAGGCCUCUGGUAUAUGCCGCUUGAUCAUAAAAUCAAUAUAAAAUGGAACCUUGGCUUUUGUACUAACUUACUGGAAAGUUUUAGCUCUGGAAAUCAAAUAUCAUCUUGACACCAAAGCAAGCGGUGAGAGCAAUUGAAUUGGGAAAUUUAUGCAAAUUAGACGGCUGGCGGACGGUUGUCAAACUAAAAAGAAAGGUUUUACAUGAAAGGAUUACUCACCAUUGCUUGUAACACGUUUUUACGGCAAGGAAAGUUAUUUCCAACUUCUUUUGCGUCGGUUUGAGUCACAAAAUCCAUAAUUUUAAGUCAAAAGGUCCAAAAGACAAACGUACGUUUGCUCAGCGACUGCGCCAGAAUUCGGCCGUGAAUCGAAAUAAAGUCACAACACGUCACUGCGGUCCUUUGGAAGCAAGAGUUGCAAGAGUUUUUACUUCAGUCAGGAGGCCAAAAGAUUGAAAAUUCAUCGCAAACUAAUGACUUCGAUUUUGAAAACCUUUCAUCACUUCAAUCGUUCGUCGGCUGAUAAUGAACAUCGCACAAGAUCGUAUGACCUUUGGCGUGUGACCGGAAAUCGGUCACACGCUUAAGUCACGUUAGCAUACUGUCACAAAUUUUAAUACGAUUUUUCACGUUUGCUUUCGACAAAAAAUAGACUCAUCGAAAUAAAAUCAGGCCUGCUUUAUUUGUUUGUUUGUUUUUAAAUUUCUUUUAUAGCCUGCAGAACUUGUUCCCCAUGCAUCGCGCGUGUCUCGCACCCCCAGUCCGCUUCGCAGUGCUAACAUGAAAAGCGCAAAAAACUAAAAUUGACUCCUGUUCUGCAGUUGAUUUCUUUUAUAGACACCUUCUAGGCAUUGACAGGCUGUGAAAAAAGUGUAUUUUUUUUAUUAUUAUUUUUUGAAGUGCUACAUCAUUUUCCUAUAAAAAUCAAACGUGACUGCUAAAAGACUGUUUGGAACCCAUGGAUGGAGAAAAGCUGUGCCGGAGAGAAGGUCAACCUCCCAGCCGAGCCAACUUUUGCGAGCGUUUGCAUGAGGAAAAAACUGACCACUUUGUCCGAGUCAACAGUGCUUGCGCAUGCUGUCUUUGUCUAGCCUUGACCAAAGUGAAGAAAUAUUAGCCGGGCUAGAAGGGUGAGGCCACCACUACCGGCUCAGUGGAGGGCUGACUUCCGGAAGCCCUCAACCCCGCCCACUACUGGUAGUAAGGCGUCUAUCCGAACCAACCUUUUGUUUCUCAUGUAAAUGGUUUACCAAGUUUUGUAAGGAAAUGGAGGAAAAGUUGGCUCACCCAGGGUAGCUUGGGAGGUGAGUAAACACCAGAUAACCCCAAUAAUAAGCACAAACUUUGAUUGUCAGUUAGAUGUCCACUAUUUUAAGUAAGCGACCUGGCAUGUGAUUGUCGCAUCCAUGCCCCCUUCCAGAUCCCCUUUAUUAUCGGUAAGCCUCUGAUAGGUCAAAGUAAUACAGUCGUACCUCCAGUAAGCGACCACCAAAAAUGCAAAGACUUAAUGGUCUCUAACGGGAGGUGGCCGUUUAGAAGAAUCGGACCACAUGGGGUCUAUUCCGAGAAGAGGUCCGGGCACAUUCUAUUAAAUGGCGGUGUAACAAAUUCCUGGCAAAAUAUUAUCUUUUACCUCUUUUGAAAGAUACAGCUUUUAAAUCAUGCUCAAUUUAAAGAGGGAUUCAGGUGAGUGAGAUAUAGAAUAGUCUAGAAUCACAACAGAAUCUUCACUUUGUUGGCUACAUCUACUAAGUUAGGAUAUGUGUAGUUCCACGAUGUCACUAAAGGUCUUCAUAUUUUCCAAGGAACAUAGUGCACACAGCAAAAAUAGAGAGCAGAGAAUGCGUCAACUGGUCGCUUAUGGAAAACAAUUAACCCAAAAAGUGGUCGCAGUCACUUACAGAAGGUCGUUUACUGGAGGUUAAUCCAAAUAUAAGGCUUUGAAUGGGAAAAUUUGGUCUUUUGGAUUGGCGGUCGCACAUGGAGGUUCGACUGUGUUAGGUCUAUUAGAGUAUGAACCACCAUCACCUCACUGUGAGUGACGAGAGCCAGGAACGUAUAGUAUACACUCCCUUAGGAUGCACAGAAUCGUUGUUUUGAGGUCCCGUUUAGCGAAAUGGAUCAUUCAAGGCAGGUGCUGAAGUCCCAUAGUGAAAUUUAUAAGGUUUAUGGGUUUUUAGUGCAAGGCGAAACACAAUAUUUUAGGGCCCUGUUGUUCAAACGUUGAACAACAGGAAAUCACUAUCAAGCGAAUAAGAUGAAGCAAUUGCGUUACUUAUUGGAUAUAGAUUUAUCCAGGGAAAGCGUUAGUUCCGGGGCGUUAGUCAACUUUUCGAACAUACUGCCCCUAAGUCACUCUCCUCCGAAGACUUACCCUGGGCGACCUGGAUAGGGGAAUAUAAUACUCGACCUUCCUUGCAUCAUCGCGAGAGCCUAUAGCCUUCACUUUCUUUUGGCUCGUCCUAUAAUCCUACCCAACGUUCGUGGGACAGGAAAGUCUGCGUGCGAGGCUUGGGAAUCUAGGGAGACUAUGCUAGCAUGGUGCAAAUAGUCGGGAUGAGCUACUUUGUCCACACGAACCAAGAGGAUUGUGUCUGCUAGAAGAAAUCAGAUGUAGCUUUCUGUCAUAAGUAAUAUUUCAACAUUAUAGGAUCAUAGUUUGAAGCCAUUUCACAAUCACUAGUUUCCGCGCACCUCUACCGGCGAGUUGUGGACAAAAGCAGCUGAUAGCUGUAUACGAAUGGUUUCUGGGUUUUCGUAUUCGACAGUGUCAUGUCUUGAUUUUUUUUUAAUCUUAAUCGAGGUCUUUUUUAUUAUGUACUGUCUAUCUGACUGACUGUUUCUUUGUGUUUUUUUUUUUCUGGUAAUAACAGGUUUCAUAAUUUGGUCGCGGUUGGGGGAGGCUCCUGAUCGUGAGCAAAUAGCGAAAACCAAAGUAAACUAUAGCGUUGAAUCCGUUGGCCACGGAGAAUUGGUAUUAUUCUGCAAGUUCUUUACUACAGCAAGAGAGUAUACUCCCUUGACUAUGGGGCAUUGGGCCGGGGAACUUAGUAUUUUGACCCGGCAUAGGGGGAGGAGGGGAGGGGGGUACCCUGGCCAGAUUCCAAGUCACGGGGAUGAUCGAAGUAUGUUUUUUUCUUGUUUUGAAAAUAUUUUGAACAAAUUUUUUUUUUUUUAGCUGUGGCUUUACUUAAGUAUUCAAAAUAUUCGGUUUUUUUUGGUCUUGAUUUUCCUUCCACGGGUCACUCACGACACUUGGAAUCCGAGGUACCCUCCUGUUUGGUACUUCGAAGGCAAAAAAGCUGUUUCAAAGCCUAGUAGGUAAAUAAAAGAAAAAUAAAUAUGCAUGGCUGUUUCUACUGCGAUGAGGGAAUUCUUGUCAAAAAUGUGAAAACUGUAUUAAAAUUGCUGACAACAGCUACGAAAAUUUCGUGACAGCAUGCUGACGUGACUAAAGCGUGUGACCAAUUUCCGGUCACACGCCAAAGGUCAUACGAUCUUGUGCUAUGUUUAUUAUCAGCCGACUAACGAUUGAAGUGAUGAAAGGUUUUCAAAAUCGAAGUCAUUAGUUUGCGAUGAAUUUUUAUUCCUUUUGCCUCCUGACUGAAGUAAAAACUCUUGUAACUCUUGCUUCGACGUGUUGGGACUUUCGAUUCACGGCCGGAUUCGGACGCAGUUGCUGAGCAAACGUACGUUUGUCUUUUGGCUAAAAAUUAUUUAUUUUGUGACUCAAAACGACGCAAAAGAAGUUGGAAAUAACUUUCCUUGCCGUAAAAACGUGUUACAAGCAAUGGUGAGUAAUCCUUUCAUGUAAAACCUUUCUUUUUAGUUUGACAACCGUCCGCAAGCCGUCUAAUUUGCAUAAAUUUCCCAAUUCAAUUGCUCUCACCGCUUGCUUUGGUGUCAAGAUGAUAUUUGAUUUCCAGAGCUAAAACUUUCCAGUAAGUUAGUACAAAAGCCAAGGUUCCAUUUUAUAUUGAUUUUAUGAUCAAGCGGCAUAUACCAGAGGCCUUUUUUAAUAGUCAAAGUUGGCCUUCAUUUUCUAGCACGUCUAACGUCACAAAUAUGACCUCUUUACACUUGUCGAUUAUAAAAAUGUAAAGCAUUGUUUAUCAAAUUUUCUUUUAAGGUUUUCAAGAGUAAGAACAAAAUAAUAAUUCGGUGAAGUUUCAAUGUCAGGGAAUGUUUCUUACGCGUUCACCUUUCUCUCGAAGUUGCCAUUGCAUCCUGCCGUGUUUUGUUCGAAAAACAGGAAUAAAAUCGAUUUUUCAAACUUUUUUGAAUUUCUCCUUUAAAAUGAAUCGUUUGAACCCAAAACUAUUUUUCCUGAAAUAAGGUCACUAAAAGGGAUGUUUUGACAAAAUAAAAAAAAAUUCGAUUUUUUGACGAGUGUCGUGCGAUUCUCGAUUUCCUCAGAUAAUGGCUCUUACAGAGAUCUUCUCCCGACUGCGCUAUCCAGACGACCUUGUGCAGUCAACCAUUCGCCAAUUCAUUGAAUCCAAAGUGUCCGAGGAUUCACACACCCAAGUGGCUGUUAAAAGAGAAGCCCCAAUCAGAAUCGUGUUGCCCUUCAAAGACCAGAAAUCAGCAAACGUAGUACGUAAACAGCUGGCUGACCUGAGUAGGAAGAUCAACGCAGACAUCAGCCCAGUUUACACAAGUAGGAAGAUCAAAGAUGAAAUUAAGGUCAAGGAAGACAAGCCGCCUCUUGUGAGUCAACAAUGCGUGGUGUAUUCUUUCCAGUGUAGCCUGUGUGAUGCAGGUUAUGUCGGCUACACGUGCCGACACCUACACCAACGAAUUGAAGAACACAAAGGAUCGGCAAUCGGAAACCACCUCAGAGAGCAGCAUGAUAUGGAGCCUGAAGACAUCGCACAAAGUUUUAGAAUCUUAAGAAAGUGUCAGAACAAAUUUGACUGCCUUAUUUUUGAAAUGUUUUUUAUCCAAGAACUGAAACCGACACUUAACAAACAGUGCGAUUCAAUUCGCGCCAAAUUAUUUGUUUAG